GUUGGAAUUUGCAAGUGACGUGGCUUACCUACAUACUCGCCAUGAAACCAGUACUAAUAAGCGGCUCACGAUCAUCAGUCCGAAUCGAGAUUGCAAAAGAUUCAUAAAGUAUCUGUGACGUGCGCUCUGUUUCCUGGGGAGCUAUGUCUGGAUGGCGUCGGACGACCUUUUUCUUCCUCGUGAGUUUCAAGCAAUCGGUGUGGGAUUUUCCAAGCUACCAGGCCGCUCCUGUGUUAGACCAAGCAGUGGAGCAAAUCGCGGCGCGGCACUGGCUGCCAGGCGAUGUUCCACUACAUAACGUCGAAGAUGUGGGCGAUUUGGGUCUGGAUUCAUCGGGAAACAGGCUUCAGUCAGAUCAUACUCAGUUCGGAUGGACACAUCCAUUUGAAGGUUUUCUUCCACAACUAACUUAUGAUGAUGAAGAAACAGCAGGAAUCUUCUCUUCGGCCAUACCAUCUUUCGACAACUACAACUCCGGACUUGAGACUACUCAUUCUUCAGAAGGAGAGCAUGACCAUCAACCAACACAUCAACAGAAAGCAUAUGAGGCGGACGCCGGAUCAGUUGAAGAUCAAAUAAACUAUGAAAUUGAUCACAUUCCGAUCAAUCCGACCAAUGAGGAAGAUGAUAAAUGCAUUGAAAAUUUUUUCCGCAAUGCCAAAAACUUCCGGCUAAAAAAUAUCGAACAUCCACUUUUGAAUGAAUUUGUUGAGAGAGUGACCCAAAAGUAUGAAAGUGUAUGCUAUUUACGCAGUAUUCGAAGGAUCUCUAAAGCGUUCCGGUUCGAAAACAUGCCCGUCAUUGAGAAUAAUGGUUUUAUGGCUACUCUUCAUCAACACGGCUAUCAUGAGAAGAAUGAAUGCAGAAUCAACCCCAGAAAAUGA